AUGGCGGAAGCUAUUCCUUCAUCGUCUUUAUCACCGAAAUCUCUACAAUCGCCUAAUCCUAUGGAACCUUCCCCUGCAUCGUCUGCACCUCCACCGUCAUCGCAACAACAACACAUGACAGCUCCGAUUUCGAAUUCUGUCAAUUCGGCGGCGUCUCCGGCGAUGGCUGCAACGACGAGCGAAGGUGUAAUUCAGAACAGUAGCAGUAAUUCGCAACCGAACACCAACCCCACUCCGAAUCCUGCCGCUGGAGCUCAGAUCCCGUCGCCUUCUCCUCUCUCCCACCCGUCUUCUUCGUUGGAUCAGCAAACACCGAGUCAGCAACUCGGCCAAACUCAGCAGUUGCAGCAACAGCAGCAGCAGAAUCAGCAAUUGCCUCAGCAGCAGCAGAUUAUGCAGCAAAUCUCCUCGUCUUCGAUUCCGCAACUAUCGCAGCAACAGCAGCAGAUUCUUCAGCAGCAGCAACAACAGCAUAUGAGUCCGCAGCAAAUUCCAAUGUCAAAUUACCAGAUAGCUCAAUCUCUUCAGCGAUCCCCUUCUGUUUCUCGGCUGAGCCAAAUUCAGCAGCAGCAGCAACAACACCAAGGCCAAUACGGCAACGUUCUGAGGCAGCAGGCUGGGCUGUACGGUACGAUGAACUUUGGUGGCUCAGGUUCAGUUCAACAGAGCCAGCAGAACCAGCAGAUGGGUAACCCUAACAUGUCGAGGGCAGCUUUGGUUGGCCAAAGCGGUCACUUGCCAAUGCUUAACGGUGCAGCUGGAGCAGCCCAGAUGAACAUUCAGCCCCAAUUAUUGGCAGCUUCGCCGAGGCAGAAAGCUGGCCUGGUUCAAGGUACGCAGUUUCAUCCAGGAAGCUCUGGACAACAGUUGCAGGGGAUGCAAGCAAUGGGGAUGAUGGGAUCACUGAAUUUGAGUUCGCAAAUGAGAGGUAAUCCUGCUCUCUAUGCUCAGCAACGAAUCAACCCGGGGCAGAUGAGACAGCAAUUGUCACAGCAAAGCGCUCUUACUUCUCCUCAGGUCCAGAACCUCCAGAGAACAAACUCUCUCGCGUUCAUGAAUCCUCAGCUAUCGGGUCUGGCCCAAAAUGGACAAUCUGGUAUGCUGCAAAACUCGUUGACGCAUCAGCAAUGGCUGAAGCAAAUGUCGGGACUAGCCAGCCCCAAUUCAUCAUCAUUCCGACUCCAACAGAGUCAAAGGCAGGCUCUACUCAUGCAGCAGCAGCAGUUGCCUUCCGCUCAGUUACACCAAAAUUCUAUGUCCUUGAAUCAGCAGCAACUAUCACAGAUAAUUCAUCAACAUCAGCAGCAAUCACAAAUAGGCCAGGCUCAGAUGAGCCAGUCCCAUCAACAGCAACAACUACAACAGAUGCAGCAGCAACCACAACAGCAAAUGCAGCAGCAGCAGCAGCAGCAGCAGCAGCAGCAGCAGCAGCAGCAGCAGCAGCAGCAGCAACAACAGAUGCCAAUAAAUCAACAACAGCCAUCUCCAAGGAUAUCGAAUCAUGCAGGACAGAAAUCUGUGAGUUUAACGGGUUCACAACCAGAUGCUACACAAUCGGGUACAACAACACCAGGUGGUAGUUCAAGCCAAGGAACAGAAGCAACAAACCAACUUCUUGGCAAAAGGAAGAUACAGGAUCUGGUUUCGCAGGUGGAUGUACAUGCUAAAUUGGAUCCUGAUGUUGAAGACCUCCUUUUGGAGGUAGCCGAUGACUUCAUUGAUUCGGUGACUUCUUUUGCAUGUAGCUUGGCUAAGCAUCGUAAAUCAUCCAUAUUGGAGCCCAAGGAUAUAUUACUCCACCUAGAGAAAAACCUGCACUUGACAAUUCCUGGAUUCUCAAGUGAGGAUAAACUCCAAACAAAAAACGUACCAACUGAUCUCCACAAGAAGCGACUUGCAAUGGUGCGUGCUUUACUAGAAUCCUCAAAACCGGAGACCAACGCAGGCAACUCCAAGGAAACUAUUAGACAAGUAAUGGUGAACCCAAAUGGUCCAAACCAUCUCUUAAGGCCAUCGCCAAGUUCAGAGCAAUUGGUUUCGCAGACAUCCGGUCCUCACAUAUUACAACACAUGACACGCUAUUGA